AUAUUAUUUUAUGUAUCGUACAAUAUAUUACAGUGAUUGAAGUGAGAAAUCUAUUUCCAUUUCGGAUGCCGAAUGGCCUUUUUUUGUGCCGCUUGGGGUAGGUACUCAACCCUCUAGUUGUUACACAGUAGAAUGCGCCAUAAAAUAUCCUGCUCAUGAGUAGGAAUAAAAAGAGAGGUUGUGAUUAAAGAUUCAGAAAACUCGAGUGUAAUUAUUACGAGCAGUAAAUUUCUGAGGCCUACCUACAAAAAAUAAAAAUAAAUAAUUUUAGUUUUGAGCAGUUACAGAGUAAAAUUAAUUUAUAAAAAAUAAAUUCACUAACUCAGGAACGUGACAAAAAUAAAAAUAAUAAAAAUGUAAUUCCAAAUCUGAAUAAUUACUUAAAAUAUUAACAUUCACAAAAAAAAAAAACUAGUUGAUAUAAAAAACUUGCGAAUUCCAAAGUUCUGUUAAAUUUAACUUAUCGAAAAAUUCAAACAAAUAAUAUGCUAAAUGUUAGUCAGGUUAUGGCGAUAAAUAUUUAUUGAUUACAACACGAUAGACUCUUCAUCAUUUAUCAUUUUUCUUCGGAAAAACUGUUGUCCGCACAUAGGAACUGGACAAUUGGACAAAAUAAUCACAUAUCACCGCCUGACAGGAAGUUUGGAAAAAAAGGCGAAUUUCUGGCGCCCACCGUCCCGGCUGAGUCUCAAUCGUAUUCACUGUGAAAGAAACCAAAAACAAAAUGGAUAUUACUGUAUUAAUUAGUCGUAAAAGUAAAAAAUCAUUAUUCGAUGCCAUAGUUCAUAAUGACAUAAAACGCGUUAAAAAACUAGUAAAGAGUGGGAUAGAUGUAAACAUCAUUUUUGAACAUGGAACUACACCAUUAAUUCUAGCUAUAGAAGCAAGCAGAAAUGAGAUUGCUAAAUAUUUAAUAGAUAGUGGAGCUGACGUAAAUGCUGUUUAUAAAAAUAAAUCACCACUAUGUCAAGCUAUUUAUCACCGUGCAACGGAAUUAGUUAAAUAUUUGACAGAUAGAAAUGCUGAUGUAAAUUUCAUUUCGGAGAACUCAGCACCGCUAUUACAUACAGCCAUUGAUAACCAACUAACCGAUAUAGCUAAAUAUUUAAUAGAUGGUGGUGCUGAUGUAAAUGCUGUUUGGGAAAAUAAAUCGCCAUUAUAUUUGGCUAUCGAAAAGAAUGGUACAGAAUUAGCUAAAUAUUUAAUAGACAGACAUGCCAACGUAAAUUUUAUUUCGAACAAUGUAACCCUGUUACAUUUAGCUUUUUAUAAGCGAAGGAACGAAAUAAUCAAAUAUUUAUCUGACAAAGGUGCUGAUGUAAGUCUUCAUCGUGAAAAAUAUUCUCUAUUUCAUCUAGCUCUUGCUAGCCGUGAAACUGACAUGGCUAAAUAUUUAUUGGAUAAAGGUGAUGUCAGUGCUCGUAACAAAGAAAGGCUAUUACGAAUUGCUAUUAAAUACCGGGCAUCAAAUGUAGCCAAAUAUUUAAUAGAACAAGGUGCUAAUAUGAAUCCUGUUUGGGAAAAUAAAUCACCAUUAUGUCGAGCUAUUGAUCAUCGUGCAAUGAUAUUAGAUAAAUAUUUAACAGAUAGAAAUGUUCAUGUGAAAUUAAUUUGGGAUAACUCAGCACCGCUAUUACAUGUAGCUAUUGAGAACAAGGUAACUGAUAUAGCUAAAUAUAUAAUAGAUAAUGGUGCUGAUGUAAAUGCUGUUUAUAAAAAUAAAUCACCAUUAUGUCGAGCUAUUUAUCUCCAAGCAUCGAAAUUUGAUGAAGAUUUAUUAGAUAGAAAUGUUGAUGCAAAUGUCAUUUGCGAUAAAUCAGAACCCUCGGUAUUAAACUUAGAUGUUCAUUACUCGCCAACUUAUAUAGCUGAAUAUUUAAUAGAUAAUGGUGCUGAUGUAAAUGCGAUUUGUGAUGAUGAGUCGCCACUAUAUGUAGCUAUUAAUACCGAUCAGUUUGAAAUAGCAAAAUAUUUAAUUGAUAAUGAAGCUGAUGUCAACUGCAUUAUUCACAAAAAACUACUUUUACAAAUAGCGCUCGAUAAAAAUAACAGAAAAAUUAUCAAAUACUUACUUCAAGCUGGUUUUGAUGUUAAUACGAAAGAUGGAUAUGAAAAUGUGGUUGCUGAUUAUUUCAGUACAUUUGAUCGAUUUAAUAUUGUUAAGAGACAUAUUGUUAAAUUGAUUGCUGCUAAUUUUUAUAUGUGUGAAAAAAAUAAGAUGGCUGUUGCUGAUGAAGAAUAUGAUUCAUUACGUGCUACAUGUGCUGAAGAAGUUGAAUUUAUGAAGCAGAAUUCACUAAUGGAAAGUACACUAACUUACUAUGAGUUAUUGCAUAAGCCGCUUCACAAAUCAGCUAUGAAACUGAAAUGUUUGUUUCAAAAUAAUCCUGAGGAAAAAUAUAUACCAGCCGACUCAGAAAUUUUAUCAGAAAUUCCAUGUUAUUUAACUAUUAUUCACUACCGAAUGAACAGAGCAUUAAAAAGAGCUGAAUUAUUGGUUAAAGCUGAUGACUUCAUUAUUGAUAUUUCUCAAGAUUUAUUAUUAGAUCCAGAAGUCGUAAGAGAAGUUCUUCAAUAUUUAACAAAUAGGGAACUAAAAUUAUUAUGUAAUUCUUGGUAAGACCAGGGUGGCCACAUCUCUGGAAAACCUGGAAAUCUCAGGAAAUUAUAAAUAUACUGGAAAAGUCAGGGUAUUUCGUCUCAAAGCUGGAAAAAUUUAUACUUUUUUCUUUUUUUUUUUUGACUUAAAAAAUCCGAUAAAUUUUUUUUAAAAGUCUUAGUAGAAACCAAUCGUCAGAAUCUUCAAGCUAUGAAUAUGCAUAUCGACAAGUCAAAAAAUCAAAAAACAUUUAAAGUAUACAGUAUUGAACGAAUAAGUUUCACUAUAUUUAUUAUUUGUGUACUUCAUUAAUAUUGUAUUAAUAUUCUAUAAAACGUUUUUAUUUAUGAAAUUUAUUCUAGUGGAAAUGAAAAGUUUAUUUAUAUUUUAUUACAGAGUAAAGUAUAUAAAAACAUAGAUUUAAAAUAAAAAAUAAAAAAUUAUUCAUUUAAUAAAUAAAAAAAAAACCUAUGAACAUUGACAUAUAAUAAAAUAAAGUUCCA